CAGUCUCGUGCUGGGCCAUGUCUCACGGGCACAGCCACGGCGGGGGCAGCUGUUGCCAUGGCGACGAUCCCGAAGAGCCUCCCGAGCGGCGUGGCCAGGCCUGGGGCCUUUACCUGCGCAUCGACCGCGAGCGGCUGGAGUGCCUGAACGAGCGCAGGGAGGGCAGCGGGAAGCUCGUCUUCCGCGCCUGGGAAGACCGCGGCGACCGUCUGCAGUUUGUUGAAAGUGACGACGAUGAAGAGCUUCUGUUUAAUAUUCCGUUUACAGGCAAUGUGAAGUUGAAAGGGAUAAUUGUGAUGGGAGAGGAUGGUGACACGCAUCCAUCAGAAAUGCGGCUGUUUAAGAAUAUCCCCCACAUGUCUUUCGAUGAUACUGCCAGAGAACCAGACCAGACAUUUAGCCUGAACCACGACGUUACGGGAGAACUGGAGUAUCCUACCAAAAUUGCUCGCUUUUCAAGUGUUCAUCAUCUCUCCAUACACUUCUCCAAGAACUUUGGUGCUGAGACAACCAAGAUCUUUUACAUAGGCCUGAGGGGAGAAUGGACAGAGCCUCACCGCCACGAAGUGACCAUCUGCAACUACGAAGCGGCAGCAAACCCGGCUGACCACAAAAUCGAUCAGAUCACGCCACAGACGCACUUCAUUUCUUAACUUUGGGGGCUCGUAUUGCACAACCAUUGUG